AUGAACCUCACACCCAUGAGCUCAGGUUUGUCCAACCUAAACAAAGCACAGACAACAGAGCUCGUUACCUCAACAUGUGAUGUUAGAGGCUCGGAAAAUCAACAAGUUCAAUGCACAAAUAUGGUUGUUGAUCAGCCUACAUGGGCUGGGAAUCUUGUGAGCAAUUCUGGUGAUGUUUCUACAUUUCUUAGAAAGCUAAUUGACCAAGGAAAAGUUAGUGUUGGUGAUAUACAAUCAGAACUGAGUCUCUCAUCUGAAUCGUUGGAAGCUGCUCUUGAGAAAAUUGGGGGCAAAUCAUGGCUGGAGCAUAUGUGA